AUGACUGAUUCUAGAGGUAAGUUUUUUUUCUGUGAGCUCAUAGAUACAGCUGUAACUUGGAAAACUGAGAGCCAUAUGUGAAGGCCAAUCACAGGUUUGUAAAGAUCUUGUAUGUGGCUACUGGUAAUUCUGCCAGGAGCAGUUUGAAACUGUAAUGCUUAUAAAUAUUUUCCUUUUUGUAUGUGCUAUUAUAUAAACAGAGACCUCUGCCUGAGCUUGAAUGAACACAUAUUUUUCAGUGCAUGGGCAUUGCCUGUUUGGAGAUGCAGGAGGCAGAUUCAGUCAAGUGACCUGUUGUGACCAAAUACAUCUAAUGAAACAUUGGUUAAAAAUAUUAUUAUCUCUUUCAAAAACCUUCCCCUUGCUCAAUUUUUGGCAUGUUUCUGUGAUGUUUCCUCAUUAUCUGUUAAUGAUUUGUCUUCUUCCAGUUUUUUCUACGGAUUUUUGAUAAACCUUCCCCUUGCUCAAAUUCUGGCAUGUUCACUUGAUGUUUUUGGUCAUCUGUUGAUGAUUUGUCUUUUCUUUCCAGUUUAUUCUAAUUUGUGUUAUAUUUAUUACUUUUUCCUACACAGGAAAAUAUCUGGUGUUCUUUUUCUAUCCCCUUGACUUGUGGGUAUUAGAUGUCGGAAUACUCUUUGACUAAAAGUUUGCUGUACUUUGCUACCUUCAUGCUAUCCUGCCAAAUUAGUCAUCUCUCUGCAAUUGCUACCGAGUAGUCAACAUUGUUCUCAAGGUGACUGAUAUUAAAAGUUUCAUUAAUUGCAUGCAUAUUAUUUUAAAUUGAAUCAUUACAAAUAACACCUAUUUGUUGUCAUUUGCAGCACUUUUGUUUGUCCAACGGAGAUCAUUGCCUUUAGUGACAGAAUUGAAGAGUUCAGGGCAAUCAACACUGAAGUUGUUGGUUGUUCAGUAGAUUCAGUUUUUACCCAUUUAGCUUGGUAUGUUAAUCCUUUACACCCUAACAUCAGUAUGCAUAUUCUCCAUACUACUCUCUACAAAUUUCCUAGAGUUCUGACAAGGAGAAUUUGUUCAACAAUCAAGAGUUUCUUUAGUUGGUGAUCAUCUCCUUUAUUCUCAUGACCUUAAUGUUUGAUUUAGGGGUGAUGUUGUUAGGAGAAAUUAGAUGUUGGUCACUCUCAGGGGUUUAAGGGUCAAUCCUAAAUUUUAACUGAAUUUGUAACUUUCAAGGAUUUGAGAGAUUGAAAAAAACAAAGAAAGGUAUUGCCAUUUUAUUGGAACAUUUCUAGAAUAGCAGAAAUUAAAGUAACAAGGAAAAAUUUCUAUUUUUGAGAAAAAUCUCCCAUAAAAUGCAUUCCAGUUUCAAGUUACAUUCAUUCUAUAUGUUUGUGUAUAUACAUUAUAGUCACACAGGAGAGAACUUUUGAAUGAUUUCAUGGGUAAUGACAAAGAUAUAUAUUGCUACAGCAGUGUUCACCCUUAUUUUAAGCAUGAUUGGUAAUUUAAGGAAUUCUCAAAACAGCUAGUAGAGCAAUCCUUGAACCUGUUGAAUUGUUAAGAAUUCCCAGAGGUACCAGAGGCAAUAAAUAAGUUCCUAUAUUCCUUUCAAUUCUAGGAUAAACACUCCAAGGAAAGAGGGUGGUCUGGGAAGGCUUAAAUAUCCUCUGUUAUCUGACUUAAACCACCAAAUUGCUAAAGAUUAUGGAGUACUGCUUGAGAAUGAAGGUCACACCUUAAGGUGAGGAUAUCUGUGUUUUCUAUUUCCUCAUGUUUCUGACUUUUUGUGUCUGUAGGCCAUUCUAUUUAAACAUGUGUUUAGUGUUUAUCAGCUGUGAUCCUCUUGGAAUAAUAAACAUUAUUAAACAAAGUGGAGGUGAAAUAGCUGGGGAUAUUAACCGAGCUGCAAAGCAGCUAGGUAAAUAUCUACCACUUUCACCUACACUGAGGUAAAUAAUUAUAUUAGCAUGUACACUGUAUAUACCACACAGAAAUUAAAAAAAUCAGUACAUUUCUGUCAAUAUACAAAGAAAUGGUUGGAAAUUAAAUUUUUGAUGCAUGAUUCUGUCGCCUCGGCUGCUCAAAGGGGAAGAGUACCUGUUAAUCACUUUCAAGCCAGCCAAUCAGAGCACACAAAAAGCACUGUUCAUCUGUGUGGUAUGUACCAAAAAAACUUAUUUGAUGUAAUGAUGAUAAUGAUAAUGAUGAUCAUUUAAUAGACCAUAUCUACUUGAACAAAGUAUUUCAUUAUCUGCAAUCUACCUAUUCUUGAUUUCUAAAAGCUGAACAUUUCUUUGUUAGUGCUCCUACCCUGGAUCAAGAUAUCCAGUUUUGAGCACCUGACUGGCAUUAUCUUGUUGCAUUGUUGGCUGUCACACCACAUAGUUAAGAAAAACGUAACUCAUACACUGAAGAGUCUCUCUUGGUCGGAUGGUUUUUUCCCCUUAAUAUUACUACUUUUGAGUGGGAGCUGGGGGGAGGGGGGGGGGAGAUGUUCCCGUAAUGGACAUAACAUCCAUGGAUUAAAUACACUCUCAGACCAGGUCUGAUCAGGUUGCUAUACUUUGCUUCCUUCAUGCUAUAUAACAGGUCUGAUAGUUAGGCAGGGGAGAUUUGGUUAAGGUGAGAAUAUUCUUACUUUUAUGACCACUUUUAUUACAUGCCUAUUGUUCUAUUUCAGGGGUCUAUUUAUAAUCGAUGACAAAGGGACUCUACGACAGAUCACAAUGAAUGAUCUACCAGUAUGUUGUAACUUUACUUGUAUGACUGUAAUUGUACCGUGAAUUUCUAUUGCGAGUUUUAUGUAGCUGUUUGCUUCUACAGUUAAUUGUUCUUGAUACGCUGAGAAAAUUUAUCUGUCCAUUCAUAUAAUUUGAUUCGAGUCAGUGGCCCUCGUCCACUGUCACGUGGUAAAAAUCUCAAGCUCAUUGUUUAAGUGUUAAGCAGUGGGGAUCCCUUUCCUUUUAUUUUGUGACGUUUUUAUUAUUUCAUUAGAAAAAUAGUGAUAUUUCGAUUUUGAUUUGGACAAGGGAGAAAAAAAGCUUAGUAGAUAGUAUCAAGAAAAAAGGCUCCUGGUGUCCAGUCUCCUGAUUUUUUUGCGGUUUGCGGUCUUUGGCUUUAUAAAGUGUGAAGUACUAUUUAUAACUUAGCUACUCAAAGAAGUUAAUCUAAACUGGUUAUUUCGCAGGUGGGCCGAUCAGUCGACGAGACUUUACGUUUAGUCCAGGCUUUCCAAUAUACUGACAAACACGGGGAAGUUUGUCCGGCCGGUUGGAAGCCUGGUAAAGAGACGAUCAUACCUGAUCCAACAGAAAAGAAGAACUACUUUGCAAAACAAACUGAAGGAGAAGAUGAGGAAGAGAAGAAAUAA